UCCUCCAUCCCCUAGGGCUUUUAGCCAAUCACAAACCCCUAUUAUAUUGCCGAGGGGUGGAGUCAGGGUAGUUUAUACCGGAAUAAUUUCUCUCAUUCAAACAGUGUAGUGCCGUAGAGCCCUGAUGUAGGACUUUCUGAAAUCCCGAAACUUUUUUGUGCAAUAUUGAGUUUCCGAACUUUUUAACAGUGACUACGAAUUUGUACACCCUUAAUAAACUUUGUAUAGAAAUGGCUUCUAAAACUACGCGAUUCCACAGAUAAAUAAAACUGAUACAUUGUAAUUUGUAAUAGAAGUACCUAGAAGUUAGAAGAUUUCAAAGUAGCUACAGUUGUUGAAAAUGGCCGGUCCAUAUUUGUCUCCGUUACCAGGAGAUCUUUUGACGGAAUACAUGUUUGGCAGACGACGUCAAAGGAGGAAUCGGACUACCUUUACUCCUCAGCAGCUGAGCGAGCUUGAGUCAUUGUUCCAAAAAACCCAUUACCCUGAUGUGUUCUUGAGAGAAGAAGUCGCGUUGAGGAUCAGCCUGUCAGAAGCAAGGGUUCAGGUCUGGUUUCAAAAUCGUCGUGCAAAAUGGCGUAAGCAAGCUCGACUACAACUUCUUCAAGAUGCGUGGAGGAUGCGAUGUUUGGGACUUGGUUCUCCUCCUCUUGGUCUGCCAGGUCACACAAAGCCUCCUGAUUCAUCACCGGAAGGAGGCGAAUCACCCACACCAAAGGCUUCACCAGAGCCGCCACCCAUGGAAAGUAAUGGCGAACUUAAAUCACCACAUCCAGAACAGUACCACCACAAUAGCAACCUAUCAGAGAACAUGCCAUCAAUGCCUAACCAUGAAAUUCCUCCUCCUAUGCCUUAUGGAAACGAAGAUGGCAGAAUGUUGCAGCAACCACCAUUUCCUUUUCCACCUUUACUGAUGCCAUCACAACUUGACAACUCCGAAGUUGUACCAACCGAUCUAAGAAUGAUAACCUCAAAAAACCCGUGUCACUGUGGUACUUCAGAAGAAAUUGACGAGCCUCAAAACUUGGCAUACCGCAGAAGACCUGAUGAAGCAAGUGAAAGUGAAAGUGAUACAGAAAUCGAUCUCACAUCUCACUCGAAGGAUGACGACUUGCGUGAAUCCGAACGACUGGCCAAAAGAAUAGCCACAAAUAUUUUUAGAAGCGACACAGUUUUACACGAUUUGUUACCUAACGAUCUCAGUAUGAGUGUAAAGAAUUUAAGUGAUAGAAACCUUGGUAGGAAUAACUUAAUGUAACUUUAUCUUUAGAUGUAUGUACUGUUUCUAGUCAAUAUUGCAGCUGUAUUUUAUAGAUUUGUAGAUAUGUUUAUUUUUACAUAAGCAUUGUUUUCGGGUAGUCUGCUAUUGAAAAUAGCGCAAUGUAAGCCAAAUAUUAGAAUAUUUUUUUUAGAUGAUAAUUGAGGAGCUGGCGAACAAAACUGUAACUGCACGAAAUAGUACAGGAGAAGCAAAAAGGUGGUUGAAACUUUACUGUAAUUAGGCAAGUAUUACCGUUUUGACCAAAAUCACGAAAUAAUUUGGACUCAAUUUCAGCACCACCACAAUGACAUAGGGUGUUUUAAUUAAAAAUGAGUUUAAGUUUGUAUGUAGUGAUCGAAAUCAUAAACUUUAUACUCGAUUUCAGUACGCUUUAAGUCGUUUUGCUUGGAAAUGAGUUCAGAUUUGUAUAAAGAAAAAAAAAACACUUAAUUGUUUACUUUAAUCAGAAGUACCUAUAAUUAGUAAUUACACCGUUUUGUUCAUCGUCUCCUCAAUUUUAAUGUUUGUAGCUGCGGUAGAUUGAAAAUAUAAACUUUUUGGGAUGGUAAAUAAUAAAUCAAAGGUAGCAGUCA